AUGCCUCCGCCCCCGGCCCGGACGCCCGCGGCAGCCGCCCUGCCGCGGCGCGGCGUGCGGCAGCCGCCCGCGGUUACACCGGAUGUGACCACCGAGCCGCCGAGCCGGGGUACUCCGCCGCCGUCGCCGGCCGCGACGCCUGCUGCAUCUACGGACGCGCUGCCGCCGCCGCCCGCAUUGACGUCCGCACCGGCGCCGCGCGGCGUCAAGCGCCCGCGCGCGGCCGACGCGUCGAACGGUCGCAAGCGCCCUCGCGCCGUGACGCCCCGCGAUCGCUUCGUGGGAUCGCGGCUCGACGACGCCGGCGAGGCCUACCGCGCGCACACCGCGCUCGCGCUCGCGCCGAAGACCGGUGCCCAGCCGGUGCUGAACGCGUCGCUACGCAGCUCGUUGCUGCCGCGGCGGACGGGUACGCGGUUCCUGUCCUUUGGAUCCGACCGAGCGGCGGCGCCCGAGACCGACUCUGCGGCUGCGGAACGGACGCUGGCCGUGGCGCGCUCUGCGACGUCCACGACGGCGACCCGCUGGCAGGGCAUGAGAUUCGAGCGGUGCCUGGACAUACCCGAUGUCCGCGACGACUUCUAUUCCCAGCUGGUGGACUGGUCAUCGCGCGGCGAUCGCCUGGCCGUGGCACUGGGAACGUCUAUGUACGUGACAAAUGCCAUAGCCCCUGGACGUGGCCUCCAAACAGAAGUCUGGGAAUAUCCGUCGAGCAUCGACGUCGCGUCGGUCGCGUGGGCGCCCGGGUCCAACCACGUCGCGGUGGGCUACACCGAUGGGUUAAUAAACAUCGUCGACGUGGCGACCGGCGUGGAAGUACGAAAAUUCGAAUUUGACCACAACGAACACGUGGGGGCUCUCCACUGGAACCCGCUUACUCGAUGCCUGACGAGCGGGUCGCGGGACAAGUGUAUUUGCGAUUUCGAUGUGCGGGCACCCUCGGCCACCACGACCUAUCGCCUGGGGCACGACGGCGAGGUGUGCGGGCUGCGGUGGCGCGACGACGGUAACCUUUUGGCGUCCGGUGGUAAUGAUAAUGCGCUCCUCAUCUGGGACCUGCGCCGCGCGACGUCGCCGUGCCACGCGAUGCCCCGCGGGCACCGCGCCGCGGUCAAGGCGCUCGCCUGGUCUCCGACGCGGCGCGACGUGCUGGCCUCGGGCGGUGGUACGGCUUGCAAGCGGAUCCGAUUGUGGAAUUCCGUUAGCGGUGCGUCGCUGGCGUCAUGCCACGCGGGCGGUCAGGUGACGGGCCUGGCGUGGGGACCGCAGGGCACCCCCGAGCUCGUUGCGUCGACCGGAUUCGAUCAGCCCGGUAUCCGCGCCUACAGCUGGUCGAUGGCUGUAGGCGGCCGCCUCGACUGCGUUGCGACUUUGGGGCGGCCGGCCAUACCGCGUACCCAGAUCGGCGAACGUUGGUUGGGGCUCGUGGCGUCACCCGACCGCACGCGGGUCGCCGCGACGUGUAUGGGCGAGACCAUUCUCAUCUGGAAACUCUUCGACACGCCGUCCAGAAGGAAGGGCGCUUUUGCGAAUCUGCGUCGCGAUGUUCGGCGCUGGGACGGCGUCUUCGGCGGCGGGCCGGGCCAAGUCCUUCGAUAGGUGUAAUGUGUGAAAGAAGUAUCAACAACACUAGCUUAGUCCGACGGCGGAGGCGGCGGCGUCGCGUCGACGACGCUGAUCGACGCGUUCCGCUGCGCGCGCAAUGCCGGCCUCGCCGCGCGACUGCUCGAGGUCAAAGGAGACCUUCCGUCUCAGGACGAGCUCUUCGGCCGGCUCGAUGUAGAGUCGCGGGCUACCGCCGAGUUGGGCGCGGAGACCAUGCGGGACGGCAUCCACACGUGGCUCGGCUCGCACCCGCAGGUCGUCCUGCUGGACAAGGACAACAAGCCCUUCUCGUGCGAAGAUCCAAAAGCGGCCGUCGCCGAGAUCCUCGCCAUGCCCAAGUCGGGGGCGUUGGCGUUUUCGAGUUACAACGGCUCGGAGGAGCUCUACAAGGACUGGGCGAGGCAAGCGCGCGGCCGAGUCUUCGAAACACGUCGCCGUCGCCUUCGGAGCGCUCGUGAGAGAGAUCCGCCGCCCGUGGUUCGUUUCGCGCCUGAGAGUAAGUUCGCUUCGCUUUUCCCUGAAGUUGACCUUGAACUUCAACAUGCAGGCCAGAAGAAGCUACGGCGGCGGCCACUUCGGCCACCGCUCCCUCGCAGGAAGCUUCAAGGACCACAUCAACAAGACCUACGGCUACAAGGGCAUGUUCUUGGACAUGGCCGUGAACGCGUACGGCGACCGGCUCUCCUUGAAGACCCUCGGGCAGCUCGUCGACGCCAAGUUCUUCCAGACCGACCACAUCCUCAGCACGCUCUGCGACGACCCCGAGAACUUUUUCCUCAUGCCCGCGCCCCUCAACGUCCGCUUCAACAUCCAAUCCUACCAGGAUUUCAAGCGGACGUUCUGCGGCCCCGGCUGGGCCGCAGCCGUCUUUUUCGUUGAGAAGGCGAUCGCGCUGCAGCGCCAGUACGGCAACUACUAACUUUCUAAGCAUUAUUGGUCUCUCACAUGUAACCCGGGGCGCGCGGCGCAUUUGCUCGAGCUCCGCCCAGUAAAAAUGCGCACGACGCGCGGCGUUCGCGCCCGAGGAUGCCGAGCCGCAAUCAGAGCACCGCUGUGGCCUGUUAGCUGUGACGCUGGCGGUCGACUACAAGUAGGAGGCCGUCAGGUGGCGCUCGACUUGCUGGUCGAGCUGGAGAUAGUGAAAGCGAGAGAUCGCGUCAACUCGCCUAGGCGCAGCCCAACGGACGAGGCCCGGAGGUACUGGCGACGCGUGCGGCCGCCGUAUUGGUGCGGUCGCGGCCGCAGCGCCCGUUCUCCCGUCGUCGCGUUCCCGAGACGCGGCCAAACGCUCGAUGAGGUGCGCGGAGCCCUUUUGCCUUGGUGGCGGCGCACGCACGGCGACGCCGUCACGCAGUCAACGUGCUGCUCUGCGGUGCGCCCGGCGGCCAUCAGCAUUCUCGUUCCUCGCUGCUUACCGGCUCUCGAUGGUCACUGUUAAUGGCGCGCGCCACUGGUUGAUAGCGUCUGUGGCCGUGCCGCACCGAUCGUCCGUCAGUAGCGCUGCGGCAAGAGGCUGCAACAGCAGCCCUGCCGUCCAGCACAGCUCUUUUUGUGGCAGGUUAUUUGUGUAAAUGAGGGCGUCAAAGCGAGUAGUUGGUAUGUGAGCGACGUCAGCGCGAACUUUCGCUGCUCCAAUCGACCGCUAAGGGCACGGAGGACGCCACGAUCGAAU